GGUGAUUUUACAAAAGUGUAGGUUUUUGAUAAUUUUUCCUUGAAAAAUUCAAUGUGGUCCAUAUCAAAGUGAAAAUAAAGGGCCAUUUUUGUGAAAAGAAGGCUUUUCCGUCGAAUUAUGGCGUCAACGGAGCCAGUGAAUAAGACUUGGGACCUGUCCCUGUAUGAAAUACACCGGUCACCCCAAGAAGCCAUCAUGGACAAUACGGAAAUUGCAGUGUCGCCAAGGAGUUUACAUAGUGAAUUGAUGUGCCCCAUUUGUUUGGACAUGCUAAAGAAGACAAUGACGACAAAAGAGUGCUUGCACCGAUUCUGUUCAGAUUGCAUUGUAACAGCUCUCCGGUCAGGCAACAAGGAGUGUCCAACGUGCCGAAAGAAGCUGGUGUCUAAACGUUCUCUGCGCCACGAUCCCAAUUUCGAUUUGCUCAUCUCGAAAAUAUAUCCCAGUAGGGAUGAAUAUGAGGCCCAUCAGGAAAGGGUGCUGGCCAAAUUCAAUCAAAGUCAUUCACAGGCAGCUCUCGUUAGUUCCAUCACUGAGGGCAUUAAGCUGCAGUCACAAAAUCGCCCUCAGCGCUCUCGGAAGAACAAUGAGGAAAAUGGAAGUCAGCCUCCAAAUUCAUCGGGUGGAAAUGGCACCAGUAAUCCAAAUAGUGGGGGUGAUUCCGGCACUAGGGAGUCGUCUUCAAGUGCCGGAGCAUCAGCCGUCGGAGAACCCAAUCGCCAAGCUUCAAAUCCACCCUCAAUUCGCAGUACUCCAUCUCCUGUCCUAUCUACAAAUAGCUACAACAGCAAGCUAAAGCGCUCCCGGUCAGUGUUGACAUCGGAACGUUCCGAGGAGUCAGAGAGUAACAGUGAGAUGGAUUGUCGAACAGAAGGAAAUGACUCCAAUAUUGAUACAGAAGGUGAUUGCAACUCAGACGUGGGAAUGAGUGAUGAAAUUGAGUUAGUUUUCAAGCCACAUCCGACUGAAAUGGCCGGAGAUAAUCAGCUGGUGAAAGCCUUAAAGGAAAAUUCUGUGCGAUACAUCAAAACUACGGCUAAUGCGACAGUUGAUCAUCUCAGCAAGUAUCUGGCAAUGAGGUUAACACUUGACUUGGAAACUGAACUUCCUGAGCAAUAUCGGUUAGUAAAUUUCUGCAUCUAUAUUGCUCCACAACCGUCUCAAUUGGUUGUAUUGAGUGGAAAUCAAUCUUUGCAGCAAGUAAAUGAAAAAUUUUGGAAGGUAAAUAAACCCCUGGAAAUGUACUAUUCAUGGAAAAAGUCCUAGGGAACAGUGUUUCGCUCUCCAAAUGAGGGCAAUAAAAUUUCUCAACAUCAAGUGAAAUAAUGAAAGGAAUAACAAUAAAUUGUAAGUUAGAUUUUAUGAAGUACAUUAAUUAAUCUUA